GUCCGCUCUCACAUUUAUGAUCUGUAAACAUACCCCUUAUUACCGUUCCCUCAAGGAAUCUGGGUCCCAGCAGGUCGGCGUCCGGACCGCCACCAGCCCCCAAGACCUCUGACGGUGCCCCCGGUGUAGCACAGCAACCGGGCGUCAUUCCCGGGAAGCGCAGUCUCGGCGUUUGACUAAGGUCAAUCCCUCGAGUUGGCAGUGGAGCCUCAGCGUGUCCACGCCCCCCUCUCCCUUAGGCAGAAGGACCCGCCCUGCGCCCCGCCGCCCCCUCCAGGUGAGUGGUAGCUCCUCCCGGGAACGCAAGGUAGUGAUGACACGCGUCCCCCCUGCUCCGAACGCGAGGUGGUAGCGUCCGUGACGGAGUUAGCCCGAUCCUCCCACGCGCGCCGCCCUGCUCGCCGCCGGGGCGCUCUCUCCGCGCCGCUGGCUUCCAUGUGCCGGUAGCCCGUCCCGCAUCACCCUCUCGCCCUGCUCCCAGGGAGAAGUGACCGUGUUUCUCGCGUCCGCCUUUCACCGCAGCAGCCGCGGCGAUUCGGCCGGGCCCGCCCGCUGACGUCACCUGCGAGCCCCGCCUCCUCCAGGGUCCCGGGCCCUUGCGGCUGGGGCUGCCCCGGGGGAGUCAGUUGAGGCGGCGGGAGCUCGGCGCAGGGCGGGCCAGGUGACUGGUCCGGGCCAUGCCGAGGAAGAAGCCCUUCAGCGUGAAGCAGAAGAAGAAGCAGUUGCAGGACAAGCGGGAGCGGAAGAGAGGGCUUCAAGAUGGGCUACGCUCCAGUUCCAACAGCCGCAGCGGGAGCCGGGAGCGGCGGGAGGAGCAGACCGACACCUCGGACGGGGAGUCUGUGACCCAUCACAUCCGCAGGCUCAACCAGCAGCCUUCUCAGGGGCCGGGUCUGCGAGGCUAUGACCCAAAUCGAUACCGGCUGCAUUUUGAACGGGACAGCCGGGAGGAGGUGGAGAGGAGAAAGAGAGCAGCUCGGGAGCAAGUGUUACAGCCGGUCAGCGCUGAGGUGCUGGAGCUGGACAUCCGGGAGGUCUAUCAGCCUGGCUCAGUCCUGGACUUUCCCCGACGUCCUCCUUGGAGCUAUGAGAUGUCCAAGGAGCAACUAAUGAGCCAGGAGGAACGAAGCUUCCAGGAGUAUCUUGGGAAGAUUCAUGGGGCUUACACCUCUGAGAAACUGAGCUACUUUGAGCACAAUCUGGAGACGUGGAGGCAGCUGUGGCGAGUGUUAGAGAUGUCUGACAUUGUCCUGCUUAUCACUGACAUCCGGCAUCCAGUUGUGAAUUUCCCACCAGCACUUUAUGAGUACGUGACUGGAGAACUUGGGCUGGCCCUGGUGCUAGUCCUGAACAAGGUGGAUCUGGCCCCACCAGCUCUCGUGGUUGCCUGGAAGCAUUAUUUCCACCAACACUAUCCCCAGCUCCACAUCGUCCUUUUCACCUCUUUCCCUCGGGACCCUCGUACCCCACAGGACCCUAGUAGCGUCUUGAAGAAGAGUCGGAGGCGGGGGAGAGGAUGGACUCGGGCCCUGGGGCCGGAGCAGUUGCUGAGAGCCUGUGAGGCCAUCACUGUGGGGAAAGUGGACCUGAGCAGCUGGCGGGAGAAGAUUGCUCGGGAUGUGGCUGGGGCCACCUGGGGUAAUGGCUCCGGGGAGGAGGAGGAAGAAGAGGAUGGGCCAGCAGUGCUGGUGGAGCAGCAGACCGAUUCAGCGAUGGAGCCAACUGGCCCAACCCGGGAGCGCUACAAGGAUGGGGUGGUGACCAUCGGCUGUGUGGGUUUUCCCAAUGUGGGGAAGUCCUCGCUGAUCAACGGGCUGGUGGGACGGAAGGUCGUGAGUGUGUCCAGAACCCCAGGCCAUACCCGAUACUUUCAGACCUACUUUCUCACCCCCUCCGUGAAGCUCUGUGACUGCCCGGGCCUCAUCUUCCCAUCUCUCCUGCCCAGGCAGUUGCAGGUUCUGGCGGGUAUCUACCCCAUCGCGCAGAUCCAGGAGCCCUACACCGCAGUGGGCUACCUGGCCUCCCGGAUCCCCGUGCAGGCCCUGCUCCACCUGCGCCACCCAGAGGCUGAGGACCCCUCAGCAGAACACCCCUGGUGUGCCUGGGACAUCUGUGAAGCCUGGGCAGAGAAACGUGGUUACAAGACAGCCAAGGCGGCUCGGAAUGACGUGUAUAGAGCAGCCAACAGCCUUCUGCGGCUGGCAGUGGAUGGCCGCCUCAGCCUGUGUUUUCACCCCCCGGGCUACAAUGAACAGAAAGGCACCUGGGAGUCCCAUCCAGAGACCACGGAGCUGGUGGUUUUGCAGGGCAGGGUGGGGCCAGCAGGUGACGAGGAGGAGGAGGAAGAGGAAGAGCUGAGCAGCUCCUGUGAGGAGGAGGGAGAGGAGGACCGGGAUGCGGAUGAGGAGGGAGAAGGGGAUGAGGACACCCCAACCUCAGCUCCAGGGUCCAGCCUGGCCACCCGAAACCCUUAUGCCCUGCUGGGUGAGGACGAGUGCUGAGUCCCCACCCGGCACCAUCUUCCCACCCAAUAUCUUUGCUUUUGGACUGACCUGGGGCUAUCUCCCCUCUGCCACCCCAGUUGUGAAUAAAGAUUGUCUGCUUUGUA